UUCCAAAUAAAUGCAAAAGUUGCCGUUUUGAUAAAUGUUUAUUAAUGGGAAUGAAUAUACAAACAAUGAGAGGAGACCGAUCAAAAUCUUUAUGGGAAAUAAAAGCGAAAAUUGAACAGAGAAUUAGAGAACUUGCAAAUAAUGGAAAAUAUAUAACGAGAAAAAUGGAAGAAAAUGAGAAUGUUGUUGAUUUGAAAGAACAAUUAAAUGCAGUUACUGAUUAUCAUCAAAUUAUUGAAUAUCUCUUAAUUAUUGAGAAAAAUGCUAGUCGAAUUAGAAAUUCACCAACAAAUGUUCCUGAAUGGAAUUUCUUAUGUUCUUGUAAAUCUUUGGAUACAUUGCUUAUUCGAAAGGAAAAUGUGCUUUCUCAUAGUCUGGAAUAUUUGGAAAAAGAACAAAAAGCAGAACAAUCUUUAAUUGACUUUUUACAUAAAUAUGGGCAUUUCCAUAUGCGCCCUCCUUCUCUUACAGAAGAUUUGCUUUUAAUUGUUGAAAUUGCAAAAAGUCUUCCUUUCUUUCCAAAAUUGGAUUUAAAUGAUAAUAUUUAUUUAUUAUCAACAAUUGCUUUACCUUUAUUAGUCUUGGUUAUGGGUUAUUAUUCUUAUACAAAAAGAUCAGAAACUAUUAUUUUUCCAUGUGGUAUUUCUGCAAUAUACUCUUUAAGGGGGGAAUUUUAUGGAGGAGAUUUAACUAUGGAACCCUUUAAUCGAGUUAAACUUGAAGAGGAAGAAUAUGUUUUACUUAAAGCUAUUAUUUACUCACAUAUGGUUACUAACGGAUUAAGUCAAAAUGGACAGAAAAUAUUGUUAGCUGAGGCAGAAAAAUAUUCGGGAAUUUUAUUGAAAGUUUUACAGAACAAUUACGGACCAAUACCAGGCGCCAGAAGAUACACAGAAUUACUUCAAUUAAUUGAAUUUUGUUUUAAUCACGCAAAAUAUCAUAGUCUUCUACUCAAUUACAUUGCUUUUGUUCACGAUCGUGGCCAAUUUCAUAACGUAAUGCCAAAAGCACUUGCCGAUCUCUGCCUGCGAGGAAAUGUUAAAUUACCCGAACUAGAACAACUUUGA